AGCUGCCGUAAACUUGCAAUAGCGGAAGGGGGCAACACGCUCCAGUCCACAAACCUCCGACAUCGGAACCUUGUCUCGGAGACCGACGGUCAGUUUACAGGCUCCCAGACGUGGCCGCUGGACUAUGGUUUUAGAUUUACUGCGGAUUAGAGAGCAUGUGUUUCUCGACGAUCACAUUACUUCCGCCGAGUAUGAACUUUCGUCAGCUCUAAGCGCGUUGGUACCCAUUAAUAUGUUCCACCAGAUGUCUGGGAUCUGUUUGACUUGUGGUUGGUGUACAUUGUUGUGUAUUGACCGGACCAAGUGAUGGCUGUAAGAUUGGUAUUUCGUGUUGCAGACAGUUUCACUACCCGUGCUGAUACAUAUUUGAUGAAACUGUGCUGUAGAGAUUGACACAACCGUGUACCCACAUGUACUAAAUGUUUGGGAAAAAACGAGUGAUAACAACAAACAAUUCUUCAUUUCUGUAGAAAAUUAAAGUUACAGGUUUUGGUAAAAAACACUUUUUGAAAGUGAUAUUUUCAAGAGAUAACAUGCUUUGUUGGUACAAUUAACACCCUUUCGUUCGUAUAGAGAACAUUGAUAUGUGUUUCUGGCGUCCGGAAGUCUGUUUGGAUACAAGUACUACAGAAUGACCAUCGAUGUGUAUCGAGCCGUAUCCAUCAUCCCAUCAUCAGCUAGCGUUUGUCUUGUCACUGCACGCUUUGUCUGAAAAAACCAAUAUUGACAACUAGAGAGGAAAUGGAUCAUAUCUAAUUAAACCGGAGACGUCCAGUGGAUGUAGAAAGUGAUGUAGAACUCAUGUCUGACUGUACCUGUCGUAAACUAGCAGGACAGCAUUUCAAUACAAUAAUCAUGAAAUGUUGCGAAUUACCACGGAUUUUGUGUUUAUAGAUGGGAGAAGAAGGUGUUAUGGUAAGAGGUCUAAGUGGAAUGCUUGAGUGCAGCUUGUAACAUUAAAAUUGGUAAGUGCUACCUCGAAAUACAUCCAAGUGGUCGGCAAACACUGCAGAACCACUCGUAUACCACUGGCGGGGGAGGGCAACGUACGACUCCUGCUAGAAAAUAACCCAAAGAUAUCUGCUUCCUUGUGCCCCGACGCCAGAGAAUGUGAACUAUACACUGUCUACACGUAGCAUAUUAAACAUCACAAUUGAUAGAACGUGCUAGGAGUGAUGCACGUGGGGAGACGUACCUACUGUGAAGUGUUUCGGCGUUUGUUUUUGUUUACACAGUAACUGAAAGGCUGACUACAGCAACUAGUGUGUACGGCGGGUCUGUGGCAGUCGUUAUUGGAGAUUGGUAUGUCCCCGAGUAGCACUUGGAUUGGAUAACUGUGUUCCAUGCUAAUGCGUAGGGAUGAAGAAUGACUGAUAUGAAGAAGAUUCGAUUUUGGUGGAUAUUCCGUCGAGGUAAGAAGAAAUAUCUCGUGCCAUCCACGGUGUGUGUCUGUGGGGUCAGUACCAUUGUGUUUGUUGCCAUUUUGAACGUUUUUUCUGCCGUAACCAGGUCCUAUAACGGUCCACCCCACAGUAGUGUCAACACUACACGCUUUGUGACGAGCGUCCGGAAAAUGACCGGGCCUCACGUUCGCCCCACUCAGAUAAAACGAGAAACGUCAAAUGUGAUUCUAGACAUCGAUGAAGGACCGGAAGCUGCGUACAUGAUCCAUGAUUUCUCCGACACAGACAGAAAUGCACCAAGUGGACAUAUACCAGAAUCGGAUACAUUUUACGUUGACGAUUACGACAAAAUUGACGAAAAUGCUCAAAAGCCGCACGAACGAAGUAAGCUUCAAAAGAUCUCAAAAGUGGCCGCUAAGAGGCUUCCUAAAGCCCUAAUUAUUGGCGUGAGAAGGUGUGGGACACGGGCACUUUUAACAUUUCUAAGAGUUCACCCGGAUAUACGAGCACCAGGACCGGAAGUUCAUUUCUUCGACAAACACUAUCAUAAAGGACUGGAGUGGUACAGAAAACAAAUGCCAACGACACUUAGCAGCCAGUUGACCAUAGAAAAAACACCUAGUUAUUACGUCAUCAAAGGUGUCCCGGAAAAGGUUCACCGAAUGGCCAAACAUAUAAAACUUAUAGUUGUUGUUCGAGACCCUGUCUCUCGGGCGUUAUCGGACUAUGUACAGUUGGCAUCCAAACAUUCCGAUAUCGGCACGUUCGAGGAGCUGGCCUUUCUCAACAACGCUACCGGAUUGGUGGAUACGUCCUGGUCAGUUCUGUGUAAUGGCGUAUACUCUAAAAGUCUUGUACGAUGGCUGCAAUAUUUUUCCUUGAAUCAAUUCCACUUUGUUAGUGGGGAGAGACUUGUGGACGAUCCAGCAGGAGAAAUAGCCAAAGUUCAGGAUUUCCUCGGUCUCAAACGUAUAAUUACCUCUAAACAUUUGUAUUAUAACCGGACACGUGGAUUUCCGUGUGUGAAAAAACACGAGAGACACGGGAAACCGAGAUGUGUGGGGGUGAACGGGUCCAAACACUACCCCACUGUCACACCACGGCUAGUCAAACGUCUCAGGGACUUCUACAAACCAUUCAAUAAACGAUUUUACGAGAUUACGGGUGUAGAUUUUGGAUGGGAUGAUCAUAAAUAAAGAAUUUUGUUAUUA